UAUUUCCUUUUCAUCCCUGUCACUCGAUUUCUCCUCUCUCUUCGCUCGAUCUUCGAUCAAUACCGCCAAAGUGUCUUCCCUAAUCGUUCCCCGUGCCAUCUCCUUCCCCCCGGACGUCGACGCUGCGUCGCGCCGGUUGACCCCGGACACCAAUAUGGCCCAGGGCAAGGCUGGACGGAGGAGACGGUCGAGUAGUAUCAUCUACCAAGAGCCCCCCGAAUCCAUUGAGCACACCAGCGACCAGGCUGCUCUGCCCAAUUUGAAUGCGAACUGGGUCAACGCCAAGGGAGCCUGGACCAUCCACUUCGUUCUCAUCAUCGCCCUCAAGAUCUUGUUCGAUAUCAUUCCCGGUGUCUCGCAGGAGACUUCAUGGACACUCACCAACAUCAGCUACAUGUUCGGUUCUUUCCUCAUGUUCCACUGGGUGCGGGGCAUCCCUUUUGAAUUCAACGCCGGCGCGUACGACAACCUCAACAUGUGGGAGCAGAUCGACAAUGGAGAUCAGUAUACGCCUACAAAGAAGUUCCUCCUCUGCGUGCCCAUUUGUCUCUUCCUGCUUAGCACACAUUAUACCCACUACGACUUGACGUAUUUCACCAUCAAUUUCCUUGCAACCCUGGGAGUUGUCAUCCCGAAAUUGCCGUUUUCGCACCGUCUGCGAAUAGGUCUCUUCUCUGAUAUACCCGAAGAGUAGCCGCUCUCUCUCUUCCUCUUUCGUUUCCGUUUCCUUUUUGGCUUUAUCUACUUGC